AUGACGACCCUAUGGCAAGAGCUCUUUGCGGCUGGAGCCUACGGAUGUAAGCUCACAAUCCUCGGGGCCCAGUUCGAGCUGCAGGCGCAACAACUCAAGCUCCGGCUGAACUGCCUGAAGGAUGGGCGCUCAUCUCCUGGCCCAGAGCUGUCUAAAAUGGCAAUCGCUCGAGGAAAGAGAAUCUUGACACUGGACCAGGGUGUCGAUCUGACGAUCCGGCUAGCAGCAGCGCGACUGAUGGUCACACAAAUUAUCGCCGGCUCCUGGUGGCUGCUUGUCAUGUACAGUGUGUCCCAGCAGGAGGUUUCGAGAGCACAUCAUGCAGCCUGCGCACUCGUGUGA